CACUUCCGGUGGGUGUGAUAGCCCCGGGAACCGGAAGUGGGGCCUGGCGGCGGAGCGCAGCCGGGGCAGUAGCGCCAGGAGGGACGAGCAGGAGCAGCUGGGUGAGACUAGUUUGGGGAUGUGAACACAAUGAGUGUAAACCAGCAAGCUCACACAGGGCUUCCUUAUGGGCAGCCUCAGCCUGGAUAUCAGGGAUACCAACAGUCUGGUUAUGGAGGGCAGCAAAUGCCUGGAGUUCAUCAUUCUCAGUAUGGCGCUUACAAUGGUCCGCUGCCAGGAUAUCAGCAGCCAGCCCCUCCACAAGGUUACUUUUCUUCCUUGGGGUUCCCUUCGAAGGGCUCUCCUGUUUCUCUCAACUCUGACACUCCUACUCUUGCACCUAACUUCAUAGGUACAUUAAGAGCUCCCCCUACGUCUGGAGCUCCCCUACCAACCUCUGGUGCACCUGUUCCUGCUGGCCAGCCAGUGUAUAGUCAGUUUGGGCAAGGAGAUGUGCAGAAUGGGAUUGCAACUUCAGCAGUCCAGAUGCAAAGGCCCUCUGCAUCUCAGCCAUUCAUACCAGGCACUGCACCCACACCUGUUAGCCAACCAGCUACCUUCCAGCAAUAUGGCCCUCCGCCAACCAGUGCACAGCAACUGACCAAUCACAUGGCAGGAAUGCAGAUAGGCAGUUCAACCUCUGCUCCUCCCCCAGCUGGACUGGGCUAUGGUCCCCCAACAUCCGUUCCUCCAACCUCAGGAAGCUUUACUGCUACAGGAUCUGGUCUCUACACAUCUUACUCUUCAAGCCAAGGACCCCCUCCUGUUACCAUGACCCAUGGAUUGCCUCCUACCAGCCUGUCUCAGGGUCUUUCCCUGGCGCAACCUGCUUUUUCUGGUCCACCACUGUCAGCCCAGCGCCUCCCUCAAGCCCCUGGUUUUGUCCCACCUCCCUGCUCCACAGGGAUUGGACCUUCCAGUUACCCUCCUACCACGGGGGCCCCAAGACCUUCAACAAUGCAAGGCUCACAGUUACCUGGACAGGCUCUAACUGGAUUACCAACAUCCCAGCCUAAUCAUGUGUCCUCACCACCACCUCAUCCAUCCAUGUCAGGGCCUGCAAUGACUGGCCUUCAGGGACCACCUCCUCCCACACAUCCUUCCCAGUCAGGAUACCAAAUGCAGCAGAAUGGUUCCUUUGGACAGGUUAGGGGCCCACAACCAAACUAUGGCGGCGCUUAUCCAGGAACACCAAAUUACGGGAGUCAACCUGCACCACCUCCCCCGCCAAAACGCUUGGAUCCAGACUCCAUUCCUAGCCCUCAACUCAGUGAGCUGCCACCCCAGCAGAAACCCAGGCACAGAAUAGACCCAGAUGCAAUUCCUAGCCCAAUCCAAGUAAUUGAAGAUGACAGAAAUAACCGUGGAUCAGAGCCAUUCAUCACUGGAGUUAGAGGGCAGGUCCCACCCCUCGUUACUACCAAUUUUCUGGUGAAAGAUCAAGGUAACGCGAGCCCUCGCUACAUAAGAUGCACAUCUUACAAUAUUCCUUGCACCUCAGAUAUGGCCAAACAAUCCCAGGUUCCCCUAGCUGCUGUCAUAAAACCACUGGCUAUGCUACCCACAGAUGAGACCCCUCCCUAUUUGGUAGACCAUGGAGAACCUGGUCCUAUACGGUGCAAUCGGUGCAAGGCCUACAUGUGCCCUUUUAUGCAGUUCAUUGAGGGUGGAAGGAGAUUCCAGUGUUGCUUCUGCAGCUGCGUCACUGAGGUGCCUCCUCACUACUUCCAGCAUUUGGAUCAUACCGGCAAGAGAGUGGAUUUCUAUGAUCGACCUGAAUUAUCGUUGGGCUCCUAUGAGUUUUUGGCAACAGUCAGCUACUGUAAGAAUAACAAGUUUCCCAAUCCACCUGCUUUCAUUUUCAUGAUUGAUGUGUCUUACAAUGCUGUAAAGAGUGGCUUGGUGAGGCUGAUCUGUGAAGAGUUGAAGUCACUCCUGGAUUACCUGCCCAGGGAAGGCAACAUGGAAGAGUCAGCCAUUCGGGUGGGCUUCGUCACUUACAACAAAGUGUUGCACUUCUAUAAUGUGAAGAGCUCAUUGGCACAGCCGCAAAUGAUGGUUGUGUCGGACGUAGCUGAUAUGUUUGUGCCGCUGCUUGAUGGCUUCCUGGUGAACGUGAAUGAGUCCAGGACAGUUAUUGUCAGUUUGCUGGACCAGAUCCCGGAAAUGUUUGCAGACACAAGAGAAACAGAAACUGUCUUUGCCCCAGUGAUUCAGGCAGGAAUGGAGGCACUGAAGGCUGCAGAGUGUGCUGGCAAGCUCUUCAUCUUUCACACCUCACUGCCCAUUGCAGAGGCUCCAGGGAAGCUGAAGAACAGAGAUGACAGGAAGCUAAUCAACACAGAUAAGGAAAAGACUUUGUUUCAGCCUCAGACGAGCUUCUACAGCAACUUGGCCAAGGACUGUGUGGCCCAGGGCUGCUGUGUAGAUCUGUUUCUUUUUCCAAACCAGUAUUUGGAUGUGGCGACACUGGGGGUGGUUCCUUACCAGACAGGUGGCACUAUUUAUAAAUACGCCUAUUUCCAGCUGGAGACAGACCAAGAACGGUUCCUGAAUGACUUGCGCAAAGAUGUCCAAAAGGAAGUGGGAUUUGAUGCUGUGAUGAGGGUGCGCACAAGCACGGGUAUUCGAGCAACGGACUUCUUUGGAGCUUUCUACAUGAGCAACACGACGGAUGUGGAACUGGCGGGUCUGGACUGUGAUAAAACCAUCACAGUGGAAUUCAGACAUGAUGACAAACUGAGUGAAGAUAGUGGGGCGCUUCUUCAGUGUGCUCUGUUGUACACAAACUGCGCAGGACAGAGACGACUCCGCAUUCACAACCUCUCCCUGAACUGUUGCACGCAACUUGCUGACCUCUACCGGAAUUGCGAGACAGAUACACUCAUCAAUUUCUUGGCUAAGUUUGCGUAUCGUGGGGUUCUGAAUAAUCCAGUCAAGACAGUGCGAGACACGCUGAUCAACCAGUGCGCACAGAUUCUGGCAUGUUACCGAAAAAACUGCGCUAGCCCCUCUUCUGCUGGCCAGCUGAUCCUUCCUGAAUGCAUGAAGUUGCUUCCUGUGUACUUGAACUGUGUGUUGAAGAGUGAUGUCCUGCAGCCUGGGGCAGAAGUCACCACUGAUGACCGCGCCUACAUCCGCCAGUUAGUCAGCUCCAUGGAUGUAGCAGAAACAAACGUUUUCUUUUACCCCAGGCUUUUGCCUCUGACCAAAGUAGAUGUUGACAGCGACACCUUGCCAGCGGCAAUCCGGAACUCUGAAGAGCGACUCUCCAAGGGCGACAUGUACCUGCUAGAGAAUGGACUGAACAUCUUUGUGUGGGUAGGAGUGAAUGUUCAGCAGGGCCUGAUCCAGAACCUCUUUGGAGUAUCAUCCUUCAACCACAUCAGCAGCACUCUGAGUACCUUGCCAGUCUUGGAAAACCCCUUCUCUAAGAGAGUGCGAUCCAUCAUUGACAUGUUCCAGGCACAAAGAUCCCGCUACAUGAAGCUAAUAAUUGUGAAGCAAGAAGAUAAAUUGGAGAUGCUAUUCAAACACUUUCUGGUGGAGGACAAGAGCAUGAGUGGUGGGGCUUCAUAUGUGGACUUCCUCUGUCAUAUGCACAAGGAGAUUCGGCAGCUACUGAGCUAGAGGAGGGAGUGGUGCUGGACUCCAGCAGUGACAUUUCAGUCUCCACUAACCACCUGAUCCAUGGGCCCAGCUCCCUCAAGAAGGACAACAUAGAAACCUGUACAAUUCCGUAAUUUUUAAUACACAUUGCAUAAGCAGAGAUUCUUUCAACCUGUCCCAGCCCCAUUUGAGAGAGAUGCAAAAUUUCCUGGUGAGGGCAGAGAAAAGGCUUUUGAAACAUGUCUUUUACCUGUCUCUAAGUUUCCUGUACUUGGCAGGAAUCUACACCCCCCCCCCCCCCCCCACCUACCUCCCCCCCUACCCCCCAUGCUCGCUAAUCCUAUUGUAAUGAAUGUAGUUCACUGUACAUGAUUCAGCAUUGGGUGAAAAAGCGAUAACUCUUCAAAACUACUAGUCGUUGCUGUGUGUUUGUGUGCGUGCGUGCAUGCUCCAAGAGUGAAGAGAAGCCAGGAGGGGGAGGACAGGAGGCAGGCCAUCCAGCCAGAUGGUGGGAGUUGGAGCACUUAAGCAUUUUUUUACAUCUCCUUCCUAGUUUAGGGGAAAAUACAACAUGCAGAGCACAAACUGCAGCUUGUGGCCCUCUGGACCCAGGAGUCUUCAUUUAAAAAAACAAACAAACAACUUAUCAGCUGAGCUGUGAGCCAGGGGCUAGCAGGACAAAUCCUUCCCAUAUCUCUACAUCUUUAUUGUAGUAAGAGUUGCAGUGCAGAACUGUAGUAGAAUAAAUAAUUUUUAAAAGUGAGUGAGCAACAAUCAACAGCUGCUGAAUGGGAGAGGGGUAGAAUCAGUGCCUUCUAUUGGCAUGAAUGGCACCCUCACAACCACCUUCCCUUCCUUGGGAAGAGCAACCUCCCCUAUCUUAUUUUUCUGUGUAGCAUCGUCUUACCCCUUCCAUGUUCUAUGGCCUCUUGUCACUCGUUUUGUUAAAGCCUACCUACACUGUUCUAUUCAUGGUGAUCAUACCCGCCGCCUCCCUGUUUCAGUUUAAAUAGGAAAUAUUUUUAGCAAGGUGACAUGGGCUGUAGGGAACAGGAUCUGGAUGGCAAGGUGGCCAUUUUCUGUUCAGACUAGGCUGAAUCACAGCAAAUAAGCAAGGAUCUGAAUUUUACCAGUGCAAACUUGAGGCUGCUUUGUACCCAGAGUACAAGGAAGGUGAUGCAAAAGAACAAGAAUAGAGUUUAAACUGCGCUGCCUAAGAUAAUACCAAGUAUUUGACCUCAGUUGUUGGGAAGGUGCCGCAGUGGAAAGAAUAUUUUCAACGCUGUAUGUUUAUACCCCCUGUUCUACUUACUGAUCCAUCUGCAUAGAAAACUUUUUAUAAGCCUGUUUGUUAACCUAAGAUACCUCAGACAGAUUAGCCCAUCCACUUUGUGGCUGGCCACUCUGCCUCUCCACUCUGUAAGGAUGGAAGAGAGGACUCCUGCAAAGGGGAGUGAUGCGUCUAAAUCAGAUUCAAAAUUCUAAGGGCUUGUUUAUUAAUUUUUGAAAGGGGGGUAAUUUACUUUAACAUUGGCAGAGCUCUUACAAUACCCAGGAUUUAGUGAGGGGGCAGCAGCAGUGAAGAUGUGAGGGAGAAAUAGGAGAAUAUGCAGAAUAAUGGGUGAACAGAUUGGAUGCAGUUAGAGGACAUGUUUUAGCUGGACUUGUCUUUUCAAAAUAGGAUCCUUGUGCAGAAGACCUGUUUUGUUUUAAAACAAAACUUGGCUCUGUGGUUUUAGUCCCAUUUACAGUGUGUGUAAAUCUGUUUUUCUUCUACUGCCGCUAGUUUUGUCUUCUCUCGUAUCACUACACACAGAGGGGAAUAUGAGAACGGUAAUGAAGAAACUCCUUUAAGAUGCAGUAGACAAUUCUUCAGCAUUUUUUGUAUGUAUGUGGCUUUUUUUUACCCCAUACACUGCCUCCAACCAAAAAUGUAGAGGGUUGUUGUUUAAACGGCUGAAGAGAGCUUCCCGAGAAUACAAUGCUCGGCAACUACAGACUUCCACAAUACUAAUUUCUAGUGUUAAUAUAAGAGGGGAAAAUAAGCUCAUAAGUGAACCUUUCAUUUUCUUCACUCUUGUUUUUUCCUAAUGCAUCUUUUAAUUUGUAAAGAAAUAAAAAAAUAUAUUAAGAUGUAUUUUAUGUCAGUUAGUAAAUAAAUACUGCUGAUUAUU